UUUUGGUCAUCUUCAUCUUCUUUCUUUUUUAGUUCUUCCUUUACUUCUUCAUUUGUUCACAAAUUUCUUGUAUCAGACUAGAUUACCCAAAUAUUCAUCUCUAGUAUUUUGCUUUCUCUACCUUCUUCAAACUCAGUUAUCAUGGCUUCUACAUCUUCAUCAGCCCCUCCCUGCAAGUACGAUGUUUUUAUUAGUUUUAGAGGCAAAGAUACCCGUUAUGGUAUUCUCUCCCAUCUCUUUGAAGCUUUGCAGGGAAAGCAAAUCAAUGCCUUCUUGGAUGAAGAACUUCGUAAAGGAGAAGAGAUCUCACCAGCUCUCUUGAAAAUAAUCCAAGAAUCCAGUGUCUCAAUAGUCAUUUUCUCUGAAAAUUAUGCAGAUUCUGCAUGGUGCUUGGAUGAGCUUGUUGAGAUACUUAAAUGCAGGGAAGAAUCAGGACAAAUAGUCCUACCAGUUUUUUACAAAGUAGAUCCCACUGAGGUUCAAGACCUGACAGGGAAUUUCGGGAAGGCACUUGCUAUGCAUGGAGAAAAAGGCAAUUCACAGAAGGUGGACAGCUGGAAGCGUGCUUUGAUGGAAGUAAGCAACUUUGCAGGAUGGGAUUUACAGGAAAUCAAAUAUGAGGCCAAAUUAGUUGAGGGAAUUGUCAAUGAUGUUUUGAACAAAUUUAGUGAUAUGUCUAAAGGUGAUGAUUCUUAUGAUCUCAACUUGAUUGGAAUUAAACUGCGUGUGGAAGAAGUGGAACGGUUGUUAAAUGAGAAGCAGAUUGUAGGAAUUUGGGGGAUGGGAGGCAUUGGUAAAACAACUAUUGCACAAGAAGUAUUUCAUCGAAACAAGAAUAAAUUUGAUGGUCAUUGUUUCGUUGAAAAUGUUAGGGAAACAAUGACAAAGCAAUCAUCAAAUUCAGUGCGAGUCAAAAUCAUUCAACAAUUAUUAAGGGACAAACAUGUAGACAGUUUGAAUGAUUCUACUAGGAGAAGGCUUAAGAGUAAGAAGGUAUUGAUUGUUUUUGAUGAUGUAGAGGAUCGAAACCAUUUAAAAGAUUUAGCAGGAGAGUGUGAUUUGUAUGGUGAGGGAAGUAGAAUCAUCAUAACUAGUAGAGAUUCACACGUACUUAAUUCUGAUUUUUCAGAGAAAGGCGUAUAUGAGGUUGAGAAGUUAAUUGAUUCUCAAAGUAUGGAACUCUUUAGCUUGCAUGCCUUCAACCAAAAUCUUCCUAAGGAAAAAUAUUUGGAGCUAUCAAAGAAGGUGACAAUCUAUGCUAGAGGCAAUCCACUAGCUCUUAAAGUUUUGGGAUCUCAUUUAUUUCGCAGGACGAUAAAAGAAUGGGAAAGUGAAUUGGAAAAAUUGGAAGGCAAAUCUCUUAAGAAAAUUCAAGAUGUUUUGAAAACAAGUUAUGAUGGGCUAGAAAAGAGUGAACAGGAAAUAUUUCUUGAUAUUGCAUGUUUCUUCAAAGGGAAAAAUAAAGAUGGCGUUCAGAGAAUAUUAAAAGCAUGUGGUUUCUAUCCAGAAAGUGGAAUACCUCGUCUAAUUGAGAAAUCUCUUAUAACUAUUUCAAACGGUGCGGUAGAUAUGCAUGACUUGUUAGAGCAAAUGGGCAAGGAUAUUGUUAAUGAGGAAUGCAAACAGCUUGGAAGGCACAGCAGGUUGUGGAAUUAUGAAGAUAUUAAUCAUGUAUUGAUAACAGAAACGGGAACCGAAAAUGUUGAGGCCAUAUCGUUUCGUCCGGUUGGGAGAGGUAUUUUGAAGCUUUUGAAGCUAAGUGCCACGGCCUUUGCGAAGAUGUGCAAUCUUAGACUCAUCGAAGUAUGUACAAUGUGGAACAAAGUGUUCCUUCCUAAAAACUUUGAAUUUUGUGCACAAGCACUAAGAUGUCUUUACUGGGAUCAUUAUCCUCUGGAAUCUUUGCCGUUAAAUUUUUGGCCAAAGAAUCUUGUAGAACUUCAAAUGCGUUUUAACAAUCUCAUACAACUGUGGAAUGGAGGAGAUAAGCCUCUUGAAAAUUUGAAAUUAAUGGACCUCAGCUGCCCUGAUAACCUGAUCGGGAUUCCGGACUUGUCUAGCUUUGCCCCAAAACCUGGAGUUUUUAUAUUUGGACGGAUGUGUGAGUUUGGUUGAAAUUUCCUCUCUUCAAAAUCUGAGCAAGCUUCCUGAGCUUGAUUUAGCUCAAUGCAAUAAAAUGAAAGAUUGUCCAGAGAUUCCGUGUAAUAUAAGGAUUCUAACUUUAGAUGAAACUGGAAUAGAGCAACUGCCCUCAUCAAUUAAGCAUCUAUCUCAACUUGUCGAAUUGUACUUGUAUUGGUGUGAUAAACUCGUGAGUCUUCCAAUCAGC